GUAUAACAAAAUAUUUUUAUUUCUGCUCUUCAAAAAUAAUUGUACGAAAAAAAAUUCCGGCCAACAGUUUUCCCCACGAGUCAUACUCAUACGUAGGUUGUGAAAUAAAUCAUGGGUCUACAUCUGGGAUCGAGUGUGAACGCCCGCCUUUCAGUUAAAAUGACACUCUCUUUGGUCUCCCUUAUACUAAUAUCUCAUUAGAAUACCUCGAAAGGGUGUCCUCUCUUCACCGCCUGCCCGACAUGUCGACGGCUGUUUCUUCCCGGCUAAGCUAUUCUGUGCUCGGUUUCUUCUUCUCCUCUCUUUCUCUGUUAAUCCUCUGCAUCAAAGCUGACGCCGGUGAGCUCCAAAUAUUAUUGAACUUGAAAACCGCGCUACAGAAAUCCAACCCAGGGGUGUUCGAAUCAUGGGUAUCGACGAAUUCCGUGUGCGAUUUCACAGGAAUAACCUGCAAUUCAGACGGAGCCGUGAAAGAAAUUGAACUCUCAAAACGGGGAUUAUCGGGAGCUCUCCCAAUCGAUUCAAUAUGCCAGCUCAAAUCUCUGGAGAAGCUCUCACUCGGGUUCAACGAUUUCAGCGGAAACAUUUCGGAUGGUUUGAACAAUUGUGCAGGGUUACGGUACUUGGAUCUCGGGAACAAUUUUUUUACCGGACCGUUUCCGGAUAUAUCUUCCCUGAAAGAAUUGGAGUACUUGUAUUUGAAUAUGAGUGCAUUUUCCGGUACUUUCCCGUGGAAAUCUCUCAAUAACAUCACGGGUCUUGUGCAAUUGAGCGUCGGUGACAAUCCGUUCCAGCGAACUCCAUUUCCAGGGGAGGUUUUGAAGCUUUACAAAUUGGAUUGGCUUUAUCUAACCAACUGCAGCCUCGAAGGGAAAGUUCCAAUGGGACUCGGAAAUCUUACAGGGCUGAAAAAUUUGGAGUUCUCCGGCAAUUAUUUAUCAGGGGAAAUUCCGGCGGAUAUUGUGAAGCUACGAAACCUCUGGCAGUUCGAGCUCUACGAUAAUUAUUUCACCGGGAAACUUCCGGUUGGGUUCGGAAACCUUAUCAAUCUCGAGAAUUUUGAUGCUUCGGACAACAGUCUCGAAGGUGAUCUUUCCGAGCUGAGGCUGUUGACUAAUCUGGUUUCUCUACAAUUGUUUGAAAAUGAGUUCACCGGAGAAGUACCGCAAGAGCUCGGGGACUUCCGGAGACUUGUGAACCUAUCUCUGUACGCGAACAAGCUGACAGGUUCGCUUCCUCAGAAGCUUGGGUCGUGGACGGACUUUAAUUUCAUCGACGUGUCGGAGAACGCGCUGACGGGCUCGAUUCCGCCGGAUAUGUGCAAGCGCGGUAAGAUGAAGGAAUUUCUGAUGCUUCAGAACAAACUCACCGGCGAAAUUCCGGAAAGCUAUGCGAACUGCUCGACGUUGACUCGAUUUCGGGUCAACAACAACUCGCUUUCCGGGGUUGUGCCGGCUGGGAUUUGGGCCUUGCCCCGGGUGACCAUAAUUGACGUCAGAUUGAACCAACUCGAAGGUUCAAUUACGCCCGCCGUCGCGAAUGCCAAAUCUCUGGCGCAACUUUUCGUUGGAAACAAUCGAUUAUCCGGUGAAUUGCCACCAGAGAUAUCCAAAGCGUCCUCUCUGAUUGCAAUUGAUCUGAGUGACAAUCAAUUUUCCGGCGAAAUCCCGAGCACAAUCGGCGACCUGAAACAUCUGGGCAGUCUCCAUUUGCAGAACAACAUGUUCUCUGGUUCAUUGCCGAACACAUUAGGAUCUUGCGAUUCUCUUUCCGACAUAAACAUAGGCCACAAUUCCCUUUCCGGCGUAAUACCAUCCUCACUUGGGUCUCUCCCUACUCUGAAUUCCUUGAACUUAUCGGGAAACAAACUCUCCGGUCAAAUCCCGGCGAGUCUCUCAUCUCUGGGUCUAAGCCUGCUCGAUCUAUCCAACAACAAAUUGACCGGCCGCAUACCUCCAUCUCUGUCAAUCGAAGCCUACAACGGCAGCUUUGCCGGGAACCCUGGUCUCUGCCUCCCGACCGUCAGUUCCUUCCGGCCGUGUUCAUCCGAUUCCGGUGUCUCCAAACGGUAUCGCACACUCAUUGCUUGCUUCGCCGCCGGUCUAGCAAUCCUAUUAGUUUUACUCGGAUACUUCGUCCACUCCAAGAGAACCCAAAAGAACCACAACGCGGACCGUUCACUGAAGGAAGACUCCUGGGACGUGAAAUCCUUCCAGGUUCUGAGCUUCACGGAGGACGAGAUUCUCGAUUCCAUCAAGCAAGAGAACCUCAUCGGCAAGGGGGGCUCCGGCAACGUGUACAGAGUCGUGCUCGGCGACGGGAAGGAACUCGCCGUGAAACACAUAUGGAACUCCGACCCCGGGUGCCGUAGCCGGAGCCGGAGUAGUUCUCCGAUGCUGAAGAAGCGCGCCGGGAGAUCGCGAGAAUUCGACGCCGAGGUGGAGACGCUGAGCUCGGUGCGGCACGUGAACUUAGUGAAGCUGUACUGUAGCAUUACCAGCGAAGAUUCGAGUCUGCUGGUGUACGAGUACCUGCCGAACGGGAGCUUGUGGGACCUGCUGCACACGUGUGGGAAGACGGAGCUGGACUGGGAGAGCCGGUACGAAAUCGCGCUGGGAGCCGCGAAAGGGUUAGAAUAUUUACAUCACGGUUGCGAGAGGCCCGUGAUCCACAGGGAUGUCAAAUCCAGCAACAUUCUCUUGGACGAGUUCUUGAAGCCCAGAAUUGCGGAUUUUGGGCUCGCUAAGAUUGUCCAGUCCAAUGCCGCCAGGGACUCCACCCAUGUCAUCGCGGGAACCCCUGGCUAUUUUGCUCCUGAAUAUGGAUAUACGCUCAAGGUGAAUGAGAAGAGCGAUGUAUACAGCUUCGGGGUGGUUCUAAUGGAGCUAGUGACCGGGAAGAGGCCGAUAGAGGCGGAGUUCGGCGAGAGCAAGGACAUAGUGAACUGGGUUUGCAGCAAGCUGAAAAGUAGAGACAGCGUGUUAACUCUCGUGGACCAAAGAAUUCUACAAGGUUUCAAGCAGGAAGCCACCAAAGUAUUGAGAAUUUCAAUUCUGUGCACGGCGAGGCUGCCGGAGCAGAGGCCUACGAUGAGGGCUGUGGUUCAACUCUUGGAGGAGGCAGAGCCAUGCAGAUUGGUCAGCAUUGUAGUCGGGAAAGAUGGUGAAUUGAAGGAAAAUGAAGUGAAGAGAUAUGAGGAGUUUGAUCCCAGGAUUUGAGCUUCCAAGAUUGAUGCAAAUAAGGCAUUGUCAUUUGUCACCCGCAGGGGCUGAGAGUCUGAGAGUGAGAACUUGUAAAAUAUUAGCUUCCACAUUGAGUGUGUUUGUAAGUUGUGUGUUAGUGGAGAAUAGAUUGGUAACUAGAUCUCCUUCUCUA